AUGAAAAGCCUUGUGGGAAGUUUAUACGGCCGUGAUCCCAAGUACUCCUAUUGGAGUGGUUGUUCUCAAGGCGGUAGACAAGGUCUUAUGCUUGCACAGCGAUAUUCAAAUGCAUACGACGGGAUCGCGGCUUCGGCCUCUGCUUUCUUGUGGAUCGAGCCCGCCUCGUCUUCGCAUGAUCCAGUCCUAGAAGGUUGGACAGGUGCGUCUUCGGCACCUUUAGCGUGCGAGUUGGAUUUCAUCACAGCCCAGGUUAUCGCAGAGUGCGAUCCCAAGGACGGCGUUGUCGAUGGAGUUAUCUCUGAUAUGGACUCGUGUAAUUUCGAUGCACUUUCCUCUGUGAACAAAACAUUCCACUGCUCAUCCAGCAACAAAAUAAUGCCGAUCAGCAAGAUCGCUGCGCUGGUUGCCAAUGCCGCUUGGUCAGGACCUCGAACCGCCGAUGGCGAAUUCCUUUGGUAUGGAUAA